AUGGCGAACAGGGCGCUGGUCAUUGCCGUCGACAACACGAUGGAAUGCCUCCUUGCCAUCGACUUUGUGCUGGAGCACUUCCCGAAAGGAUACAAGUACCAUAUCGUCCAUGUCGUGCCUCGGCCGCUGCCCGGGAUUUCCCCGAACAGGGAGAAGGUUGCAGAGACAGAGGAGUACAUGAAUAAGUUCUUCAUCCCCAGGGCAGCCAUGGGGCAAGCGGAUGAAGUGGUGGGAACUAUUCUGGAGUCAGAGCCCGAUGGCAGCAGGGCAACUGGCAAAGCCAUCUGUGAGUAUGUGGCCAAGAUCGACGCAGAUGCGCUGGUGCUCAUGCGCAUGCAGAAGUCUUCUCUGGACCGUUUCUUCCUGGGAUCCGUAACGGAGUACUGCGCGAAGCACUGCCGCAAGCCAGUCAUCAUCGUGCCGCAGCGCGCUUACUGA